AUGCUUCUGAAUGCGCGUGCGGUCUUCAAGCCGUUCCCUCCCGACAUCAUUGUCGACGAGACAGUUAAAACAAUCUCAAAUUUUGAGUUCGCGAGGCGCAUUACGUGUGAUGGUAUCGAUUUAAUGGCGCGAGAGGACUUCGCGUCCUUCAUUCAUCACUGGGUCGUCAAACUGGGGCGGCCCCUCGUGAUUGAAGGAUUCAAGGACCGGUUGGACAAAGAGUUGUUCUCAUCAGAGUGGUUACAGAAGCACUACGGAAAGAAGGGUAAGUGGCCUCUCAGCAUGAUUCCUUGGGUUGACCUGGCCCCUUCUGACAGGUAUCUCCCAGUCGAGAACGUUCGGGACUUGAGCAAAGGAGCGAACCUGCGUUUUACCAUUGGACAUUAUUUGAACAAAAUGCCCGCGCUUGCAGGGAGGAUCAAUACAUCGACCUUCGACAAAUCACAGAUCCAGAGGCUCUACCUCAAAGAUAUUGACUGCCCUGCUGAAUGGCAGAGCUCCCUGGAGCAAACGAUUGCACCAGAGCUUUACUAUCUUAAUGAGUCUCCCAAGCCCUACCUUGGGCCUGGCUCGACUUUCAGCAAGCUACCCGAAUGCCCUCCCACACCAGACGGCUUCCCCAUUGCCAGAGCAGGUGAUCUAAUGAGCAGUCUCCCCGCCGACAUGCGCGCAGAGAAUCUUAUGUGCUAUAUCGGACACGAAGGCACCUACACUCCAGCGCACCAGGAGAUGUGUGCCAGCCUUGGUCACAAUCUCAUGGUGGAGGCAUCGGCGGAAUCAUUUGAAAAUGGCCAUGCAACAACACAAGGUUCCUCUGUUUGGUUUAUGACUGAAACUAAAGAUCGCCACGCCGUAAGCGAAUAUUGGGCAUCGACUUUAGGUCAUGACAUCGACCUCGAGGAUCAUUUUUCUCAGCUCAGGGCGUGGGAACGGGCUCCUUUUAAGACCUACUUUGUUGAACAAAAGCCGGGCGACCUCGUCCUUGUUCCCCCUUUGGCUGCACAUCAGGUUUGGAACCGUGGCACGAGAACAAUCAAGGUGGCUUGGAACAGAACAACCGUCGACACCCUGGAGUUGGCUUUAGGUGAAGCACUGCCCAAAGCGCGGCUUGUCUGUCGCGACGAGCAAUACAAGAAUAAAGCAAUUGUCUACUUUACCCUCCAAAAGUACUCAAACCUGCUACGGUAUGCUCCGGUGACAAGCCACCCCGAAGUGGAAAGUCUCUGGUCGGACUUUCGACGACUCUUCAAGUUGUACACCGACAUCUUGUUGUCAGAAAUCUUUUCGAAAACACCGCCCCCGCAGGAUCAAAUCGAGUUUGUCAAGUUUGACGGCAAUGUGACAUGUUCCUAUUGUCGCUGUAACAUCUUCAAUCGGUUCCUGACGUGUCCAUGGUGCAAGACGAGCGAAGAAGACGCUUAUGAUGUGUGCAUGGACUGCUACGUGAUGGGCCGGAGCUGCGGUUGUAUCUCGAAACUUGCCUGGGUGGAACAAUUUCCUUGGAAAGACCUGACUGAGCAACAUGAUACCUGGCGUCACCAACUCAGUUCUUGCGAUGCGCUCGCCAGCGACGACGGCAGUAAAUUGCCUAGAGUGCGAUUUCCUAUGCUCAAUGUGGCUCGGGGCCAAUUGGGCCGAAAACCCAUCGCCGAGAUCUGUCAGGAGCAAUUGCUUUUGCGGCCGUGGAUCGAUUGCAAGACCGGUCGAUCACAAGAGGAUGAAGAGGAGGAGGUGAGAGCCGAAACACCAAGUGAUUCCGAUGACCAUGAUUAUGGGCGGACUCGAAAGCGCCGGAAAGUUCAGCGCCCCAAGCGCAAGAUCAGACAAACCCACGGAUUAUGCCACCAUUGCAGAGAUAGCGGCCCUGCCUGGAAAUUGGCAACGUGCUCGCAGUGCUACACGCAGUACUGCUACGGCAACUUAUUCCGUGCGUUCAAUAUUUUGCCCCAGGAGGCGUUGGAGAAACCCCACUGGGUCUGCCCCAAGUGCCGGAAGAUAUGCAACUGCUCGGUGUGCCGAAGGGACCCUACGAUGGUACCGCACGAGCCCGUGCGCUCAUUCGUGGGCCACGAUACCCGAAAAGUCGCGGAUCCCCGGAGCACCGAUUCUCUCAUUAACAUGAACUUGAACAAUGCCCGGUGGGUCUCCAUGUUUGGUUCCGAUAUCGAGCAACGCCUGAUGAAAGGCCAGCACGAGGACAACCUCAAACGCUCCGAGGCUUUGCAUGAGGCUCAAAUUAUCCUGGAAUCCCUGCAGCAAUCGACACCAACUGGCGACGAUGUGCAGGCACACACCGGCCCCCAGAAGAUUCCCAAGACCAACCCCGAUGACAUUCCCGUAGACCCUGCACUGGAGGAGGCAAACAGCAGCUUCAUGAGCCUGUGGCAGGAUCCCAUGGCAACCUAA